AUGAAAGCAUUCGUAUUAGCCAGUUUUCUUGGUAUAGCGUAUGCUUUCUCGAAAAACAUUGAAUUCAUUCAUAAAAGAUCUGCAUCAGAUCCAUCACAAGAUCCGUCACAAGAUCCGUCACAAGAUCCAUCAUUAAACUUAUUACUUGAUUCAUCAUUAGAUUCAUUAAGCGAAGAAAAAGUUUUAUCUUUGAUUCUAGGAAAAAACCCAGAGACUCAAUGUGAGGGAGAAUUAGAAAAAUAUUGCAGCAAUUUGAAAGGUCUGGCCUUGGAGCCAAAGAAUGUACAUCCUGUGUUAGAAGGGCUUUGUGAAAAUGCAAAGCAGAAAUGCAGUAAUUUUAAAAUUCAAAUUACUACUCUCAUAGAUAGUACCAAAGAUUUUCUUCUAGGUAUUGCUACAAAUAUUUCAAAUGGUAUGCUUUUAGAAAAAAGCCACUGCAACUAUGCUCACGUUCAAUGCAUGAUUUUUCGAAAAAUUUCUGGUUUUUCUUCUAUAUGCGAUGAGAUAGCUGAGCAAUGUUCUCGUAUAAUAGGAGAAAAUCUAGCUUAUGAAAUUCUUUUAAGGGCUCUUAACGGAAAUUUAGAAACUAAAACUACUUGUGAAACAAAAAUUAAAGAGUCUUGCUCAAAACUAAAUAAAGAUUAUUAUUUAAUGUUACAUUGCUACAAAUAUGAUCAUACAUGCACUGUUCUCCUUAAUAAAACAAAAAACAACUGCGAUGUUCUUAAAAAUUUCAAAAAUAUAUUAAAAAAUGCUAAUGCAUUGAAAAAUCAUUGUUAUCCUUUGCUCAGGAAAUGUUAUUUUCACUCACUAGACUGUGGAAAUGGAGAGGUGCAGGACUGUGUAGAGCUUAAAAAAGAUUGCGAAAGAAAAAAUAUCACAUACCCCCCCCCCCCCCCACACAGUCUUCCUUUUAACCCAUUAAGCUUUCCACCUACAUUACAGGAAAAAAUAAAUCUUCAGGAAUUUCACACAGAAGCCUUAACUCUUGGUGUUUUUCUUGGAAAAUCAUUGUCAGCAAAGUUUUCUCAUUUUUUGUUAUUUUCAAGCUAUUAUACUGGAGACAAUUCAAGUAAAUUACGCAAUACUCAGUCUUGCACUAAAUCUCUGGAAAAAUGUCCUUCUUUUAAAUAUCUAACAAAAGAACUAGCAGAUGCAUGCAACAGAACUGACCCAAAUAAGGUCUGCGAAGAAUUAGACAAUGAACUAAAAACAGAAUGCAAGUCUCUUAAAUUAGCUCUCUAUAACAAAAAGCUUUCCAGCGUAAGCGAUACUGCUACUGACUCUAAAUCGUACUCAUGGAGCGAACUACCAGAAACAAUUUCCAAGGAAGACUGUAUAAAUCUUAGCCUGAAAUGUUAUUAUAUAAGUUCAUACUGUUCUAAUAAUGUUCUUUUCAAUGCAUGUCAGAAUUUAAAACGAAGUUGUUCUAAAUCGGCAUUUUACAAAUUAGCAUACGAAAUAUUGGAAGAAGGAUUAUUUGGAUUACUUCACAACUUAGAUUCAAAUAGGACUAGAAAAUGUGUAACCAAACUAGUAGAAAGGUGCCAAAUGGUCAGAAACAACAAUAUAGAUACACUUUCAAUGUGUUUGAAACCAAAAGAAACAUGCCAGGCACUUGCAGAGGAUGUAAAACGAAAGAGCUAUCGUCUACGGCAUGUUUUAGAUAAAACAAGAGAUUAUCCCCGAGAAAAGGAUUGUCUCGUUUUGGAGAAACAGUGCGAAGACCUGACAAAGGAUUUUGAAGAACUUAAUGGUCCUUGUGCCACGCUAAAGAGGAAUUGUGCUCAUUUGAGGAACACGAAAGAAGUAAAAGACAGUUUGUUGAGUAAAAAUACAGAUAUUUUGGCAAACGUCGAUAAUUGUACAACAUAUUUAAAUAAGAAAUGUCCUCGGUGGUUUAGGAGGGAAAUAAAUCCAUUCAAUCUUACAUGUGUGGUGCAUCACAAAUCAUGCGUUAUAAUGACUGAAGAGGUGCAAAAUCAUUGUUUGGCAUUUAAGGAAAAUGUGGAAAGUCACAAUAUCAUUGAGGAGUCAAAAGACAAUAAAAAAAAGGAUGAUAUUUGUUUUCUUUGGGAGGGAUACUGCGAUAUGCUUACAGGGAAUUGUCCUGAUAAACUAGAACAGGGUAAUAAUGGCAAAGAUGGUCUUUGCGUAAGUCUCAAGAAGAACUGUAAGACGUUUCGUGAAAAAUUGCCUCUAUUAAAAGCCCUUAUGUACAAUAUAAAAGGUUCUUUAACAGAAAAAGAUACUUGCAUUAAGAAACUAGAUGAUUAUUGUACGAAAUCAGCACACACAAACAAGACUCUUGAAGAUUCAUGUAAAGAAUAUAAUAAAGACGAAAACACAAGAAGUGAAACUUGUGAAAAACUUGUCAAAUGGAUAAAAAUAUUAUGCAAUACCUUACCAGUCAAACUGGAUAAAGCAGCUAAAGAUUUGGAAAAUAGAGCAAAUGAAUUUAAGAAAACUAGACAAGAAGCUGAAAAAGCCGUUAAUGAUUCUGGUUUAUUCUUGGCAAUUUCUCAAACAGCAGAUGAGAAGAAGAAUCAUCAUCUUCACAGCAAUAACACGGCUUAUGUUAGACUUGUACGUCGCGAGGAUAUCCCAGAUAUAGAGCCAUCAGUGCGUCAAGGGUUAGCAUUUGAUCUAGUGUCUUUACUUCUAGAGUUGUAUUUGGAAGCCAAGGGCAUCUGUGAUCAUUUUAUCCAAGAGUGUGUCCUUGAAGAUGACUGUCCUAAGUUUAAAGACUCAUGUAAGAAAAUACAUGAAUCAUGUAAGGAAUUUGUGUUGCCUGAUGCCAAACCUCGUGUAACAACGUCUGUAUCAACAACGACGCUUACAGAGUCAACAACUAUAACGGAUACUCAGUCAGAAUCUACUGUAGCAACUACAGUGAUGGAGGGAAAGUGUGUUGCGCUUCAUUCAAAGACCACGUGGGUAACAAGCAAAUCAACAUCUACAAAAACAACUACAACUACAUCAGUAACAACACUAACACAAAAAUGCAAACCAGUACCAUGUACAACGGAAGAAACACAAACAAGAAAGCCUGAAACUAGAAGUGAAACAGAUCAUACAGUGAUGCCAAACGAGGGGAUAAAAAUAUCUGGAUUGGGAGCAACGAGUAUUGUUAUAUGGGUAAUAGGAGUUUUUAUUGUGAUUUAA